ACACAGGCUAGGCCCGAUGCCGCUUGUCUUGUCGUGAUAUACGGGUCACGUGACACGGACUCCACGGCGUGGGUGCGCCGGGUAGCACCUGUGGAGCACUAGGAGGAGUGCACAGAGGCUGAGGACGGUUGACGGCGGUCAACCACCCCGACUAGGCAAUGGCAACGACAGAACAUACCAAAGGAUGGCCAAAUGAAGACGUUUAAUUAUUCAUAGGUGAACGUCGCGAUGACGUAACUCGUGGUCUCCGAAACUUUUCCAAAACUUAUGCCGCGCUCAAGGAUUAUAACAUGUACUCUUUUACGUGUUUAAUUGCUCUUUCUUGUUAACCGGUGGAUUCUAUUUUAUUAUUUAUAUUUAUUAUCAUUUCUCGUUGACCCACUGUUAUCCGGGGUUGAAUCAUGGCGCUGUCCCAGAUACAGUGUUUGGACGAGAACCAUGUGAACCCGCGGACGCACGAGAACAAGCCCGAGUUUUUAUACUGCGAGAACCAGCGACUCGCGCUGGAGGUGCUGCUGCAGGACGGUCGCGAGGCCUUCCACGGGUUCCUCAAGGCUCGCGAGCUGCGGGGCUUCCUCUCGGACUCCGAACUGGACGUUCUCACCCGGCUGGUGGUGCCCUACGACCCGGGCUCCGACGUCCUGCACGCGAGCCCCUUGGAAGACAGCGGCGACGGCGUCCCGCUGUCUCUGCACUACUGGCCGGAUCUGUCCGACACGUCGGUGCCCGACCUGGACCUGGGCUGGCCGGACAGCGCGUCAUACCGGGGGGUGACCCGCACCACCGUGUACACGCAGCCACCGCAGGAAGGCCAAGCGCACAUAAAAGAGAUUAUUCGGAAAAGUAUUGCGCAGGCUACAAAGGUGAUCGCCGUAGUGAUGGACCUUUUUACAGAUGUCGACAUCUUCCGGGACCUGUUGGAGGCGGGGUAUAAGCGGAAGGUGUCGGUCUAUAUCCUGUUGGAGCCCUCUACGCUACCUCACUUCCUGUCGAUGUGCGACAGGGCCAAAAUGCACCCAGGACAACUCAAGAACCUGCGGGUGCGCUGUGCAGGGGGAGGGGAGUUCUUAACACGGUCCUGCACUCAACUCCGCGGCAGACUGGGACAUCGCUUCAUGUUUGUGGACGGUGACAAGGCAGUGUCUGGAUCCUACCGGUACACUUGGAUGUCAUCAAGGCUGGACAAACACCUCAUUACCGUGGUAACCGGCCAAGCAGUCGACGCUUUCGAUCGCCUGUUCUGUGAACUCUACGGCACCUCUAGCGCCGUCGACCUCAAGCAGGUUGCCAUGGAGCCAGAGCCCGAGCCCGAAUACAUCCCUCAACCCGUCGCCGUGGCCCCUUCUGCUGAAGUUACCAGGAAACGGUACAACCCUAUGUACGCCCUGCUUGGCAUGAGUAUGAACAACGCCAAUCCUGCCUCCGGUUCUGUCCCACACAGCCCUCUAGACUCCAACACCCAGGAUAAAGUGGGAAUGGGGACAAAGGCCAAAAGGAAGAUGGCUGCUCAGGUGGAAGCUCCUCCUCUCCAUCCAGGACUGAUGGACAUGGAGAAAGCUUAUAUGAUCCCAUAUCUGCCUACUUGGCCGGAGCCCGACCCGGACAGCAAUGUCAUUGGGUUCAUUAACGUUCGGGAUAACAGUCGGCAGAGCCAGGUGCAUAUGCAGCGCUCUGAGAGGUUUGAGACCAGCCAAGCUAUUCGAUUCAGCAGUCCAUUCAGCAUGCCCAAGGAGAUCCUUCCAGAGGUGGCCCAACUCAGGCAACGUGACAGUUAUCUCCAGUACAUCCAGAAAAAAGCUUAUCCCACACAGGUUGGCGCCCAAGAAGUUGCAGUUUAUAAAGAACAACCCAUAUCACCAAUCACAAGACUAUAUUCUACCCUUGCCACCAAGCCAUUAGGCCGAGAUGUGCACAUGAUUUUAAAUAAAUCAGUACAUAUCAUGACCUCUGAAACAAAAAUAAAGGCUGAAAAGCAACCUGUCAAUACUGAAUCUAAACCUUCUACAAACCCUGCAUCCCAACAAAUCACCACACCUCAUAUCGACACACCUACAUCUUUCAGUGACAAAGCCCCCAUAAUUAAAACUGGAUCUGCAGUGCCUACCCGCCCUGUACACUACCUAAUACAAGAGACCACAGACACAGAGAAAAAGAUACACAUUGAUCUUCUCUCUAAUUUGGAGCACACGCUAACCUCUAACCCUGCUUCCUCGCCUGUCCAGGCUAGCCCGAUUGCAGUACAUCAGCAGAACGCGGCACCAACCGUACAGACACAAAACAGGAUUGCAAAUAAAGUCUCAUGCAAGCAGGAUCUUGGUACAAAGCCACAAAGCCCCUCCAAAGAAGACUACAUUCCCUCCAUCCCAAGCCCCAACCUUAGUGGCAGUAUCUCAGCUUCAAAGGUCUCCCCUACCCAGCCUCCUAUAGGAAGGUUUACUUCCCCUUACGUCACUACCUCAGUCUCAGUUACCUCAUCACCCUCCCGCUCCAUAACCAAGUCUCCAGUGGUCCCGCCUGCAUCCCCCAGUAUCUCUUCCCCUCUUCCAUCUUCCUCUAUCUCUUCAUCCUACUUCAAUCCUUCAAUGAAUUUCCACUCCUCCAACACAUCUCCUCUCCUUUGCUCUGGUCCAUCCACCUCUCCUCUUACUCCACCGGUGCCCAAACCACGUACAAUCCACCUGCUGAUGGACAGUGGGAGCAAAUGCAAUGCUCUGAACCAGCCAUUUGACUGUGGAGUGGUCAUGGAGCAGGGGAAACUGUCAGGUUUCGGGCCGGUGGUGGACGACUGCACGCCCGUUUCCAAACAGCAGGAGGAUGCUUUUAUGACGUCAACAAGGAAACAGAUAAGCCCUAAAACUGUGGUCAAUUCAACAACAAAAUAUGCUGAAUUGCAGGAAAGAAGAGACAUUAAAACCCAUUUGGUGAAUGACGUAAAAGAUGGAUCUUAUAGGGAAUUCCCUGACCCCAAGAAGGCAACUAACCAGAUGCCCCAAUCAAUAUUGACUGUGAAUACACUGCAGGCUAACGACAAUCAAUUUGAAGAAACAAGGCCGAAGGAGUCUGGGAACACAAACCAAGCAGGUUUCCUGGUCAGAUCUCCCAGAGUCAUUGAGGAGCUCAGCAAACCAGACAAAGUUAGUAAUGUUGUGACGAAACCAGACUUUCAACAGGCCACACAACAUGUGCUAACUAAUGAAGGUCUACUGCAAAAACACAGCCAAACCCAUGCAGCUAAAGCCUCUGAGUCCCCUUCUUCUUUUCAUACAUCAGAAAACAACAAAGCCAUUGAUAACCAACAUAUACCCAAACCAAACAAUGAUACACCUGGGUCUUUGUCCAUUAUUGUGGUUGAUAGUAUUUCACGUGUGCAAACUCAAGGGGGCCAACGCCGUGUCAAGACUUACCCCUUCAAUGACGAGGCUGUAAACAAUGUACACUAUAGGCUGAAUCCAGAUAAAGGCAAAGCCGAAAACGACUCGCGCACCCCUGAAAAGCCAACGCGCCCGCACAACGGACGCUCCUGCCCCAUCCCCGACCCCCGGACGCCGACCCCCGACACGAGUGACGGGUACGUCUCUUCGAAGGCGGACUCUGAACUGUCUACCACCUCAGACGAAUACUACGAGUGCGACGAAACACGGCGCCCCUCCCCCGUGUUUGAUCAAGGGAUCGGCCUGGAUAACGGGACAACGGAUCACAGCUUCAAAGCCCAAACUAAGUAUGGAGUAGGAUCUGAAGGGGAGAGUGAGAGAGAGUAUAAAGUGCGGAUUGGGAAUGAUCGAGCAGCCAUUUUAGCUGCAGGUGAGCGACACCUAACAGGUUUGGAAGGCCUUUCACAAAUAGCCAAAAAGGGAUGUCUCUUGCCCCUGAAAACCACAAAACAGGAAAAAAGUUUCAUUUAUAAUAGUCCCCAGGGCCAAUCGGAGCCUCUGGAGCCUCUGGGGGUUGACGGGUACCCCCGUUCUGCCUCAGGAAAGAAGUCAGCCGACAUCGAAACCUCUCCUCCGCCCAUAUUCAGACAAAUCCGGAGGUCUUCCUCCUCAGCAUCCUCCGAGAACACAGUCUCCCCCUUCAUCACCCCGGCCCCCUCCCCGGCCCCGACACCAAAGAGAGCUGCCGCCCAGCCAAGCGCGGCGCCACCAGACACCGUGGUGGCUGGGCCUGCUGUGGUCUCCGGCCCGAGGGUCCAACCGGAGGCAAAGCAAGUGAUAAGAAAAGAUAGUCGUGGUGAGUCAGCAGAGUUGACCAGGAAAUGGGAAGAAGGAUGGAAUUUUCGGAGGGAUGAAGAGAAAGACCCAGAGCUCUUCACAAAAGGGGGACUUGGUACCAGCUCAGGGGAGUCGCAUUCAGAAACAUCAGCACUAAGAACCAGCGGAGCCCAGAUUAGAAGAGGGCCUUGGGUUAGAAGAGAAACAGAGGAAAAGAAGGGUCUGCAAACUCCACAAGGGUGGCCAAAACCGCCGAACCACCAAAGUCCAGUCCCCUUUCAGUCCCCAGCUGCUAAACCCACAAUACCCCCCCCUCCCACUACGGUUCCCCAGUUGGCACGGUCAUACCAGCAGGUAAGCAGCAGGGUGGACGCCCUCCAGACCCAACAAGACUCAACACCACAACAAGGGCAGAACAGAAGACACUCUUCAAUGACCACAGCCCGUUCUCUGAAGGGUGCGGAUCGGAAGAGCCCAGUGGAGGCCUUCUCCCGGCGUAGCUUGAACCACGGACAUCCUCUGACGGGGCAGGGUUCGGGUGCUUUACCCAAGCCCCAGCCCUCCUUUCUUUACUCAUACGCCAACUCACAGUCCCAGCUCCAACGUCAGACCCAACCCAUGAUUGCCGGUGAUCAGAUGGCUCCAACAGUCAGCAGCCAGCAGUCCACCUACAGGCAGGUCUCAGCUAUGGGGGAUCCAGAGCCGGGAGAUUCGGGGCAGGACCUCAACAAGUCCGGGUUUAGGAUUUGCGUUGGCAAGCUGUACAGCAUAAAGGGCCUAAAGAACAAGGGGAGCAGCUCACCAUCUCAGACCAAGAGAAAUCCUGAUUCCUUAGCACAACCACACAAGAGCACAGGCUAGCCCAGGUGGUGGAAAUACAGCGUGGUUUCAAGCAUCAAGGGAACCCAAGAUAUAGGACAGCGAUUUUCUUCUUACAUGUACUAUCCAAGGGUUGCAUCUCCGGAUGCCGAACGAGUCAGUCCACAUGUGAUUUUCAGAUACCUUGAAAAUCAGACCAAUUUAAACAUUGUGGGGAAUAUUAUACCUUUGAAUGUAUGUGUGCCAAUGUGUCCCAUAUCACAGCGGUGGGUGACUGUCCAAGACAAAUAUUUGACUUUAUUGCGUGCGUAAAAAUAUAAUUACUGUACAAAUACAGGGGAAGACUUUUGCUCCUUCUUGUGGAGUCUUACAACAAGGCUUAAUCCGAGUUAUGCUAAGUAUCUUUGACGAUAUACACAUGAACAGACAUGGGGUCUAACUUUGGCCUGACAUUUAGCUCAGGCCAGCUAUAAACAAUAAGUCUACCAUUGUUUAUAGGUGCUGAUUGGUAUUUGUACGCUAUACAUUUAGACAACACAAAUAGACUCAUGCAAAUACACAAUUUGAAUGUAUGACUUUCUUAGAAGGGUCAUUUACAAACUUUUCUGUUGUGCGCUAGAAGACUAGUGGUUGACAGAUGUGUAUUGCAAUACAGGAUAUUUUUUUUUAUAUUUUAAAUAUCAGAAAAAAUGUUACUAUAAAUGCAGACACUAUGCCUAACUGUUAUUGAUGCUGUAAAUAAAACAAUAAAAAUAUACAUUGAUGAAAUCAAAAGGCGAUGCAAUAAAUGAAUUAGUCUUUAA